CGUGUUCAAGGCUCCGGGACACUCGCUUGGAGGGUGUGUAGGGUAUUAGUGUAUGUGUGUGUGAGACAGACAGUGUGUGUGUGUGUGUUUAACAUCAUUACUCAGCGUCCGUCAUGCAAUGGGACUUAUUUUUUCCAAUGAUGACGCGGUGAGCAGAAGGCCUGUCCCCGAGCGAGCGUCCAUGGAGGCGUCCAGGGUGUCCAGAGAGGAGGCCGCCAAGCAGCUGAAGGCCAACUUCCUGCGAGCCCUGCAGGAAAACGAUGCUGAGGAGGUCAAGAGGAUCCUCCACACCGCCAGCAUAGACAUAGACACUGUAUUUGAAGUGGAGGAUAACAAUAUGGUCCUGGCCUCCUACAAGCAAGGCUACUGGUUGCCUGGCUACAAGUUGGAGUCGUCAUGGGCGAUGGGUAUCCACGUAUGCAUGAUGUACAACUCCCUGGAGUGCGCGCAUGUUCUGUUGGAGAGUGGAGCCGCCAUCAACCGCAUGCCCAACGGCAAGACGCCGCUGCACGUAGCCUGCGAGGUCUCGCACGGCGACUGCGUUGCCUUACUGCUGGAGCACGGCGCCCGUAUUAACCGGCUGUCGCUCAGCGGCCACACAGCCUUGCACUACUGCAUCACCAGGGAGUCGGUGGACUGCGCUAGGCACCUCAUUCUCAACGGUGCCGAUGUGAAUACGGCCGGCCAAAACAGUGAUGAGGACACACCACUGCACACAGCGGCUCGUUUUGGCGUUCCCGAGCUAACUGCGCUGUACCUGACGCAUGGCGCAGAGGUUAACAUAAACAACUCUCGUCUGGAGACGCCACUUAUCACUGCGGCUUACUGGGCCUUCUGCCCGCGCGAGCAGAUCUUCAGCCCUGACCACCACCUAGUAUGCCGCAUCCUUCUCGACAACGGGGCCAACCCGAACUCAAUAGAGGAAGACAACAAAACUGCGCUGCACAAGGCGGCCUGGAACAGUGACCAUACGCUAAUAGAAAUGUUGCUAACUGCUGGCGCUGACGCCAGGGCUAUGGACAUCAAUGCCUGCGCGCCUAUCCAGUAUGUGCUCAAGGUCACCCAAGUGCGGCCGGCUUCCAUCCCUGAGCGCUGCCUUCAGCUAUUGCUUAACCAUGGCGGCGCCCGUGUCUACCCGCCUCAGUUCCACAAGGUUCUGCAGGCCUGCCAUGAUUUCCCCAGAGCGGUAGAGAUCUUGGUGAACUCCUAUGAACACAUCAAAGCCACCAGCAAGUGGAGGACAGCUAUCGCUGAUGAAUCCUAUCAGCAACACAAAGAGUUCUAUGACUCCAUGUUCGCCGUGUGUUGCAACACCCCCCGCACCCUGGUGCACCUUGCCCGCUGUGCCAUCCGCGCUCACCUCCGGCAGCGCUGCCACAGGGGGGUCCACGAGCUCCCCAUCCCCCCCUCCAUGGCACGCUACAUUCUCCUGGAGCCAGAGGGAAUCAUAUACUGACGUGGAAUAAUUCCAGAGAGUAUUAAAAGAACAUUUGUCUCUGUGUGCCAUAUCUGUGCGAGGAGUCUACUAUUGUGUGAACCUGAGCAGGCCUCACUCAGAGGUGUCCUCGUGUGAACAUUUCUGGACCUCUUCCAACUCCGAGGAAAAAUGGAAUCACUAUUUAAGAACAGAACAACUUCAGCCUACUGCAGCAGUUCUCUUAUUCACAACAGCACUGGGAGAUGACUCAAACCUGCAAUGGAGAGUUAUGUUUUUUUUUCCUUCUUUUUUCUAUCUGUCAGUUUUUCUCAGGAGUUUACCGUGCAGUGAAAACACUCAGCUGUCAAACAAGCACGAGCAUACACUUAAGAAUUACCUCUCUGUCAAAUGUUUUCUUAGUAAAUAGAAAAUAUAUUAAAUAAUGUAAUGUAAUUAAUAUGUAA